CAUAGCGUGGUCGCUGUCGCACGUUGGGUUAGACUUAACUGAGUCUCGGUCAAAUGGAUGGACGACUCAGAGGAAGUAAGUUGGGGUCAUCAAUGACAAGUCGGAUGAUUUUACUCACUCAUCCAGCCAGGAGUUGGAUCUUUAUGAUUUAAUUGGAACUCUAUUCCUAACCAAAGUAGUCUGCUUGUAAGACGUGCCUCAGCCAAUUACAAGUAUGGUGAAAAGGUGUCCUGGUCUGGUUGUAGUAAUAUUGUUCGCCCAACACCAGACCAGGAGCUGAGAGCCCAGCUCAUCAGUUGGAACUAUGUUCCUACCUAAAUAGUUGUCUUGUGGAGUAACGCCCAAGCGGAAUGCAAGAUAAUGAAAUAUGGAUCUUGGCCCACUAGAGGUUUCGUCGGAAAUCUCCGAAUCAAUAUCGAGGGUUAUUGAUUUGUUAAAAAUAGUGGGAGAAAAUUAAUUAAAGGCCUAAUUAAUUAUUAAACAUGAUAGAUAACCUAGUUUGCAAAAUUUUCUGUAGAUGGCAAACAACAACAACCCUUUCAACCUGCGUUACAUCCUGGAAAACAACAAGUUAUCCGGGACCAACUUUCUUGACUGGGAGAUGAACCUCCGAAUCGUUCUUAACUAUGAGAGGAAACUCUACAUCCUCGAAACGGAUCCUCCCAAGACCCCUGAUGCUAAUGCUCGUGCGUCCGAACUCACUUCCUUCAAGAAGUAUGAGGACGACGCGNUGUUCGCCCAACACCAGACCAAGAGCUGAGAGCCCGGCUCAUCAGUUGGAACUAUGUUCCUACCUAAAUAGUUGUCUUGUGGAGUAACGCCCAAGCGGAACGCAAGAUAAUGAAAUAUGGAUCUUGGCCCACUAGAGGUUUCGCCGGAAAUCUCCGAAUCAAUAUCGAGGGUUAUUGAUUUGUUAAAAAUAGUGGGAGAUAAUUAAUUAAAGGCCUAAUUAAUUAUUAAACAUGAUAGAUAACCUAGUUUGCAAAAUUUUCUGUAGAUGGCAAACAACAACAACCCUUUCAACCUGCGUUACAUCCUGGAAAACAACAAGUUAUCCGGGACCAACUUUCUUGACUGGGAGAUGAACCUCCGAAUCGUUCUUAACUAUGAGAGGAAACUCUACAUCCUCGAAACGGAUCCUCCCAAAACCCCAGAUGCUAAUGCUCGUGCGUCCGAACUCACUUCCUUCAAGAAGUAUGAGGACGAUGCGCGAGAUGUAAAGUGUAUCAUUAUGGCCAGUAUGACCGCGGAGCUCCAAAGGCUCCACGCGGACAUGGAAGUGCGUCCUAUGAUACAACGCUUAAGAGACCUUUACCAGGGUCAGCCCCAAAAUUCAGAACUUGCAUGAAUGUAGACAAUUGACGGAGGGAGAGAAACAACUAAAAGUCGGCAAUGGCGCACUCGUCUAUGCAUUGGCCGUCGGAACCUAUAGUUUAUCUCUACCUAGUGGUCUAAUAUUGCAUUUGAAUAAUUGUCUGUUUGUACCUAGUAUGAGCAGAAACAUCAUUUCUGUAUCCUGCCUUGUCAAAGCAGGAUUUUCAUUCGUUGUAAAAGACAAAACUCUUUCUGUCUUUUGAAAUGAUAUAUUUUAUGCAAGUGCAAAAAUGACCAACGCUCUCUAUGUCCUUGACAUGGAUACCGCAAUAUAUAACGUAAAUGUUA